UGAAUGUUCAGGUGCUCAAAAACAAAAUGUUGAAUAUCAUUCAGCCCUAAGACGUAGUUUAUUUUCUCAUAUGCCACCAUAUAUAAGAUUUUCAUCACAUGAUAUUAAAGGUGAAUCAUUUCCAGUGACUUUGAAAUGGUUAUUAAAGUGGAAAAUAAGUUCUACUACUCCAAUUGUUGUACGUCGAACAAUUCAAAACAGUGGUUUUAAACUCGAAAGGAGUGCUUUUAUAGUUCAACAAACAACUGAUCUUUCAGACAUAAGUAGUAAUCAAUCCAAUCGAAAUCCCAUCUCUUUACAACAUCACUGGGGUGUUACACCUCCUGUAGUUGACACAUACUGUGGUGUAGCUUCUCCACCUAACGAAUUCAUGAAUAACCUAUAUGAAUUUAUUUUUAGUUUCGUGUUCUAUUUUUGA